AUGGCCAAAUCUAUUCAAUCAGAAAUAUCAAAAGCAUCUGAAAGAACAUAAUAAAUAAUUAACGAAGUAUCAUUAAUGAAUAAUUCUAAAUUAUUUCAAUUAUAAGGAGUAAUAGAUCCAGAGAUAUUACAUAAUGUAUGGUUUUCAUUAGGAAAAUAUAUUUAAAGAUAAUUAUAAGUUGGAAGAUCAGUAAUUCUUCCCAAAUUCGGUUUAUUCACAUUUUCAUUUCCAGAUGUGAAUCUUCAGUGUACAACCAACGAAAACGUUAGAAAUCCUUAAAAUCGUGAACCUGUUUUUGCUAUAUCUAAAGAAUUCGCUUAGGGAUUAAAUCUAAAAAGCGCAGUAUAUAGAGAAACAGGUUUAAGACCGUUAGUAUUAAGCAGUACAUCGGGAAAAAUUUAAACGAUUAUUUGUUCUUUUAGUGAAAUUGCGAACAUUGCGAAAAUAGAAAGAGAUAUUGUUUAAUUAUCUAUAUAAAGAAUAAAAUAGAGAAUUGAAUAAACAGCAAAAUAAGUAUGUUUUUUUUAUUUUUAAAAUAUUCUUUUUUGUUUUGUUUAGUUAUAAGAAAAUUAAAGCCUUACUUUAGAAAUACCUUGUUUAGGAACUUUAAUUAUAAGAAAUGGGUUAUGUGCAGUUUAUUUUAAUGAUUUUUUAUGCAAUCAAUUAUUAGGAAUUUUUAAAUAAACUAUAGAAUAAAGAAAAAAUAAAUUAGAAAAUCAAGAAAAUUUGACAGAAGAAAAAUUGAAUGAAUUUAAUAAAAAAAAUUAUACGAAAAUUGAUGAAAAUGCAAAAGAAUGGCUUGCUAAAAAUCUUAAUAUUGAUAUAUAAAAAGAUUGGUAAUAAAAAACUAUAUAUUCGAAAACCCCUGAUGCUAUGUCUAAAAUUGAUUAAUAAUCAUAAUUUUAUAAAACUUAUUCAAAUACAUUACUAAAAGAUAAUGUAACAUAGAAAGCUUAUAAAUCUAAGAAAUAAGUAUAAGUGGAAGAAGAUAAAAAAGAAAACGAAAAUUAAUUAAAAGAUGAAAAUCAGAAAAUUGAAUUUCAAGAAAAUUAAAUUUUUAAAAAAUUCUAAAAAUUUAUUAGAAAUACACUUCUUAAUUCAGAUGAUAGUUUUAAUAAGCUUAUAAUAGCAAUAUUUGGUAAAAAAGGAAAUAAAAAUAGUAAAAUAGACAUAACAUAAUUUCAUGAAGCAUUAAAAAAAAUAGACUAUGAAUUCCAAAAUUCUGAAGUAGAAAUAUUAUUUAAAAAAAUAGACGAUAAAAAGGACAAUAUUAUUGAUUUUGAUGAAUGGAAAAAUCAUUUUUAAUUUUCUAAUAAUCCGAUCUAAUAUAUAAGAAAUUCAAUAGAAAAAAAUAACCUUACAUUAGAUGAUAUAUUUAAAAGAAUGGAGCUAUCACGUUAAGACUAAGAAUUAACCGAAAAUCAAGUUGUAAAUGGUUUAAAAAAGCUCCUUUGUUCUAGUAAAUAUGAAGCAGAGAGAAUUUGUAAAAAAUAUAUAUUACCUGAUGAUUAAAAAUCCAUAUAAUUAAAUAAAUUUAUAAAUUUAUUAAUAAAAUCAACAAAUAAUGGGAUAAUUUAGUCUUCAUAACAAGAAGACGUGCCAGAUGAAUGGUUGAUUUAAAUGUACAAAAAAAUAAAAAAAUAAUUAAUGAAUAGCGAUGACCCUUAAUCUUUAUUAAAUAAAUUUUAUUAAAUGGAUUAAUAAAAUAAAGGAUGUUUGGAUAUUGCGAAUUUCAAGACUUGUCUAUUGUAAUGUGGAUUAAAUUUAAGUUUAAAAGAAAUUGAUAAAAUUGGAAGGUUUAUUGAUAAAAUUGAAGGCACUUAGAAUAUUGACUAUUCUGCUUUUAUUUAAAAAAUCGAUAGUUCUUUGAAAAUUUCUAAUGCUCAUUAAGGAUUAUAGUAUAUUGCUGAGUCUCUUAUUUCUUAUAUCAAGCUUUAUUGUUAGAAUGAUGUGUAGAAAUUCAUAAAUUAAAUUAAUGCUAAUAAAAAAUAAAUAUCUAUUAGUAAUUUUAUUAAAAAUACAUAGAAUAGUAUAUUCUAUAAAAAUCCUGAUUAAAUUUAAAUAUAUGCAGAAGUUAUUGAUAUUGAUAAGGAUGGAUUUAUUGAUAAAUAUGAUCUGGAAACUUUUUUAAAAAGAUAUACUUAUAUUGAUGAAAAUAAGUAACUUUUUUUUUUCAAUUAAUAUAUAUAUAUUUUAAUACUAUAAUUCUUUAUUAUAAUUUAAUUAAUAUAUUUAAUAUAUAUAUAUAUAUAUAUAUAUAUAUAUAUAUAUAUAUAUAUAUAUAUAUAUAUAUAUAUAUUGAUUAGAUUAUUCCCGAAUACUUAACUAGAUUUUAAAUAAUUAUAUUCUAUAAUUAGAGAUUUAAAAUAAUAGUUUAGUUUAAAAAAUAUUACAUUAUGGGAAGCAUUUAAACUUUUAGAUUAAAAUUAAGAUGCUUUUGUUACUAUAAAUGAGUUUACGGAAAAUCUAACGAGCAAACUAAAUAUUUAAUUGAGUUAAAUCGCUAAAAACGGUAUUUUCUCUUAUUUAGAUUAUCUGAAAAUCGGAAUGUUUGAUUUUUAGAGAUGGAAUGCAGUUUUUACAAGGAUAAAUUUGGAAACAUCAAAUGUACUUUUAGAUAAUUUUAAAUUCUAGGAAGAGGCAAUAGAAAAUAUUAUUAAAUGGCUAUAAACUUAAAAUGUUGGAUAUGAAGAAGCAUUUAGAAUAGUAGAUAAGGAUUUUGAUGGUUUUAUAAGUAAAGAAGAUUUGAAAAAAUUUCUAUAAAUAAAUAUAAAUAUAGAAAAUAAAUACUUACAUAGUUAAAAUAUAGAUAGAUUGUAUAAAAUUAUAGAUUAAUAUAAAAAAAAUAGUAUAGACAAGAAUGAUUUUAUGAAUUUUUUAUAAUAGUAAAUAAAUGGAAAUAAGACAUAAAAAAAUUGGCUUAAUAAUUGUAUUUAACAAAUAGUCGUAUAUUUUUCAAAAUAAAAUAUGGAUCUAUAAGAAUAAUUUAAUAUAGUUUCUAAUUAUAAAAAUUAAUUUUUUUAUAAAAGGUUUAUUUAAUGGAUUAAUUCUACUCAGGUUUUAGAAGGAUUUAAUUUAACAAGUAAACUAGAAUAAUAAUUAUUUACUUUUUUCGAUCCUCAUAAAAAAGGAUUUAUAACUUUUAAUGAUUGGAAAAAUGCAACUAAAAAUUAUAUGAAUAAAAACGAUAUAUAUAUUGAAUAAAUAAGACAACAAUUAAUAAAUGGUUUUUCUUCUUUAAAAGAAGGUUUUAAUUUUUUUACCUAAAAUUAACCAAAUUUAUAUUUUGAGAAUUUUUCGAAAGCUAUGGAUAGUUUUUUUCCAGAUAUAAAAUAAUUAAAUAAACUUAAAAGAAGUAUAUGGAAUUUAUUGAAUAGUAAACUUAAAAAAUAUCAUUCAAAUAAUUCUUAAUAUAAUUAUUCGAAUUACGAUAGUACUAUUGAAUAAGAUAAUUCAUGUUUAAAUUUUGAAUAAUUUAAUAGUAUUUUCAGCAUUGAAAAUAGAACUCUUUACCCCAAUAAUAUUAUUACAAAUUAAUAUUAAAUAAUGAAUAAGCUUAAGUAACUUCUAAUUGCAAAUAAAAAGAAUAUUCAUGACUAUUUUAGACUAUAUGAUCCUCAAAAUACUGGAAUUAUUAAUAAUAUUUAAUUAAAAAAUAUUCUUUUGAAAUUGAAUUUAGGGCUUUCCUCUUAAGAAAUAGGAUAAAUUAUUUAAUUUGCAGAUCCUACAUAACAUUAAUAUUGUAAGUAUUUAAAUUUAUUAACUUUAUUGAAAAUUUCUCCUAACGAAAUUGCUAUUAAAGAAAGAUCUUCAUAAAGAAUUAAUUAAUUAAAAUAAGCUUUAUAUGAAUAUAUGAUUUCUCCAAAAGAUGCUUUUAGAGAAUAUGAUACUUAAAAAAAAGGAUAUAUGGAUUUUUAAGACUUUACAAGAUUUAUGUAAUAAAUACAAUAAUUAACUGGUUAAGAAUAAAUUAGUUAUUCAAUUUCGAAAGAUAUGUUCGAUUUUAUAGAUUAAAAGUAAGAUAAUAAAAUUGAUUUAUAAGAAUGGACUUCAGUUUUUAUUAAUAAUGAUAUUCUUUUCGUGUUUGCCAGAAUGAUUUAUAAAUAUUAUAUUGAUUCUUCUGAAUGUUAUCUUAUUGUGAAAUUUUCUAUUAUUUUAAGUUUAGUCGUAAGUAUGAUUUGUUUAUUAAUAAUUCCUAUUGAUAUUUUAGUAACAUAAAACAAAGAAAAUAGCUUUAAAACAUUAGAUUUAGUUGUUAAUUAAAGUUUUAUGCAAAAACUUGCUUUCUAAUGUUAUGGUCUUUUGAUAUUAUGUUCUUUUAUUUUACUUCCUUUUUCUUAUUUUUAUUGCGAAUAAAGGCAAAAAGACUUCGAUUAUGAAUUUUAUUUAGAUACAACCUCUAAUUUUUAGAAGAUAUAUAAAUCUUUAAAAAAUACUAAUUCGCGUCUUAAUGAAUUAGAAGAUAGUUCAAAUGAUAACUUGUAAACUCUUUUUAAGGUUUUAGCGCCAUUUAGAAUACUUCUAGGCAUAUGUUCGUUAACUAUAUCAGUACUAAUUUUUUAUUCUCUUGCUUUAUCAACUUAUGAUAGAAUAAAAGGUUCUUAAUGUGGAUUAAGUUGUGGAUAUAUAUAUGAUUCUAAAAAUACAUUUAAUCCUUUAGAUUAAUUAUUGGUAUAUAUGAGCAAUUAUUAUCCCAUGGAUUAUUUAAUUUUCUUUAUAAUUGCAGGUAAUAUGUAUAUUUCAUUAUUAUAUGGUUUAAUAAAAUUUGGAAUCAAAUAUUUUGAAAUAAGAAAAUAUAGCAGCUAACCAUAAGCUUUGAUUAUUUUUUCAUUUUUUGCGACUAUCUGUAUUAUGGUAAUGACAUCUUAGAUUAUGUAUAUGUCUCCUUAAUAUACAACUUUUGGAGCAUAAAAAAAUUUAGCAGGUGAAUAAUGUAUGUUAAGAAAUGUUAGUUUUUAAUCCAAAUAUAUUUGCAUUAUGUCAAACAUAUCUAUAUUUUAUAAUAAAAUGAGCUUAAGUUUACCAUUCUUCGCUAUGACUUUCUUCUUUAGUAAUGUUGCGUUUUUAGGACUUAAAUUAUUAUUUUUUAUAUUUGGGUUAUUUAAAGAUAGAAAAUCUUAAAUUGAAGAUGAUGAUUAUUAUAUUGAUGAAGAAUCUACUUAAUUAAUUAGUAUUUGAAUUAGUAAAAUAUAUUAUUAU